UUUGGCUCCUCCCCCUCAGAUCGACCCUCUCACGGGCCCUCGGGAGGGCGGGACGCGGGUGACGAUCGAGGGCGAGAACCUGGGUCUGCAGGUGAAGGAGAUCGCUCACGUCCAGGUGGCCGGCGUGCGCUGUAACCCCGUCCCCUCACAGUACAUCAGCGCCGAGAGGAUCGUGUGCGACAUGGCCGAAGCUCUGCUCCCUCACUCGCCGGGCGGUCCGGUGGAGCUCUGCAUCGGCGUCUGCAGCGCCGAGUAUCGGACGCUGUCCACUCAGACCUACUCCUUCGUGAGUCCCAGUUUCAGUCGGGUGCGUCCUGAGAAGGGUCCUGUUUCUGGGGGAACCAGACUUACGGUGACGGGUCGCCACCUGGACGCCGGCAGCACCGUCACCGUUUACAUCGAUAAGGAGGAGUGUCUGUUUGUCAAACGGACCAAUCGGGAAAUAAUCUGCAUAACUCCCGCCUCCCAGUCAGGCUCUGGCCCCGCCCCCAUCCGUCUGAUGAUUGACAGGGCCGAGGUGAUGAGUUCGGACACCCGAUACGUUUACACCGAGGACCCGACCGUCACCAGCAUCGAGCCCAACUGGACCAUCCUCAACGGCAGCACGGUGAUCACAGUGACGGGAACAAACCUGCUGACCAUCCAGGAGCCCAAAGUCAGAGCCAAAUACGGCGGCGUGGAGACCAACAACUUCUGCUCGGUGGUCAACGACAGCACUAUGACCUGUUUGGCUCCUGGUUUGAUUUACGGGAAACCAAACCCACCAGAGGGGGCGCUGCGGCCCGACGAGUUCGGCUUCAUCUUUGACCAGGUCUCCUCUCUGCUGGUCCUGAACUCCACCCCCUUCACGCACUACCCCAACCCGACCUUUGACCCCCUGGGGAACUCUGGGAUUCUGGAGGUCAAACCGGGGUCACCCAUCAUCCUCAAGGGUAAGAACCUGAUCCCUCCGGCUCCCGGUAACAACCGUCUGAACUACACGGUCCUGAUCGGAGAGUCUCCGUGUCUUCUGACCGUGUCAGAGAACCAGCUGCUCUGUGAUUCGCCAGAUCUCACCGGAGAGCAGCGCGUCCUGAUCCUGGUCGGAGGUCUGGAGUAUUCCCCGGGAACGCUCCAUAUCUACUCCGAUUCUGCCCUUACACUGCCCGCCAUCAUCGGCAUCGGAGCGGGCGGCGGCGUGCUGCUCAUCGCCAUCAUCGCUGUCCUGAUCGCCUACAAGAGGAAGACCCGCGACGCCGACCGCACGCUCAAACGCCUCCAGCUGCAGAUGGACAACCUGGAGAGCCGGGUCGCGCUGGAGUGCAAAGAGGCCUUCGCAGAGCUGCAGACAGACAUCCAGGAACUGACCAACGACAUGGACGGCGUGAAGAUCCCCUUCCUGGAGUACCGGACGUACACCAUGAGAGUCAUGUUCCCUGGAAUAGAGGAGCAUCCGGUCCUCAAAGAGCUCGACUCUCCGGCGAAUGUAGAGAAAGCUCUGCGUCUAUUCAGUCAGCUGCUGAACAACAAAAUGUUCCUGCUGACCUUUAUUCACACUCUGGAGGCUCAGAGGUCGUUCUCCAUGAGGGACCGAGGGAACGUCGCCUCGCUGCUGAUGGCCGCUCUGCAGGGCCGUAUGGAGUACGCCACAGUGGUGUUGAAACAGCUGCUGGCCGACCUGAUCGAGAAGAACCUGGAGAACAGAAACCAUCCCAAACUGCUGCUGAGGAGGACGGAGUCUGUAGCUGAGAAGAUGCUGACGAACUGGUUCACCUUCCUGCUGCAUCGAUUCCUAAAGGAGUGUGCCGGCGAGCCGCUCUUCAUGCUGUACUGCGCCAUAAAGCAGCAGAUGGAGAAAGGGCCGAUCGACGCCAUCACCGGAGAGGCUCGCUACUCUCUGAGUGAAGACAAGCUCAUCAGACAGCAGAUCGACUACAAACAGCUGACUCUGAUGUGUAUCCCUCCGGAGGGCGAGGCGGGGACGGAGGUGCCGGUGAAGGUGCUGAACUGCGACACAGUGACGCAGGUCAAAGACAAACUGCUGGACGCCGUUUACAAAGGAAUCCCGUUCUCACAGCGACCGCAGGCCGACGACAUGGACCUCGAGUGGCGUCAGGGCCGACUGACCAGGAUCAUCCUGCAGGACGAAGACGUGACCACCAAGAUCGAGAGCGACUGGAAGAGACUCAACACACUGGCGCACUACCAGGUAACGGACGGCUCUCUGGUGGCGCUGGUCCAGAAGCAAGUUUCUGCCUACAACAUCGCCAACUCCUUCACCUUCACCAGAUCUCUGAGCAGAUACGAGUCAUUACUUCGAACGUCCAGCAGUCCUGACAGUCUGAGAUCCAGAGCGCCGAUGAUCACCCCGGACCAGGAGACAGGGACCAAACUGUGGCACCUGGUGAAGAAUCACGAGCACAGCGAUCAGAGAGAAGGAGACAGAGGCAGCAAGAUGGUCUCUGAGAUCUACCUGACCAGACUGCUGGCCACCAAGGGGACGCUGCAGAAGUUCGUGGACGACCUGUUUGAGACGGUGUUCAGCACCGCCCACCGAGGCUCCGCUCUCCCAUUGGCCAUCAAAUAUAUGUUCGACUUUCUGGACGAACAAGCUGACAAACGGCAGAUCAGCGACCCCGACGUCCGACACACCUGGAAGAGCAACUGCCUUCCUCUCAGGUUCUGGGUCAACGUCAUCAAGAAUCCUCAGUUUGUGUUCGACAUCCACAAGAGCAGCAUCACCGACGCCUGCCUGUCCGUCGUCGCUCAGACCUUCAUGGACUCCUGCUCGACGUCCGAACACCGGCUCGGCAAAGACUCUCCGUCCAACAAGCUGCUCUACGCGAAAGACAUCCCCAACUACAAGAGCUGGGUGGAGAGGUACUACAGGGAUAUUGCGAAGAUGCCCAGCAUCAGUGAUCAGGACAUGGACGCCUACCUGGUGGAGCAGUCCCGUCUGCACGGCACCGAGUUCAACACACUGAGCGCGCUCAGUGAGCUCUACUUUUACAUCAACAAGUACAAGGAAGAGAUCCUGACGGCGUUGGACCGGGACGGUUACUGUCGCAAACACAAACUGAGGCACAAACUGGAGCAAGCCAUCAACCUGAUGUCUGGGAGCAGCUGAGAG